ACAGCGCACAGCUGGUUCAAAUCAAAAUCUAAUGUUCCACGGCUGGCUAAAUGGUGAAAUAGAUUAGCAAUGGAUAUAGCCACAAGCAUUAAGUUCUGUGAUGUCUGCGAGCUGUUCGAGAAAGUCAAGGCAGCAGAGAAGAUUCAGGACAAGGAGGAUGUGCUGAAAAGCUACUACGAGUCGUUCUGCCGCCAUCGGGAGGCAUUUCGCCAGGCGGCCGGCCUAACGGACGAUCCUAGUGAGAGUGGCUCCAGCAGCUUCCACUCGGUCCUGCGUCUGCUGUUGCCCAGUGCGGACACUAGAAGGGACAACUAUGGUCUCCAGAUAACCGCUCUGGGCCGCCUCUACACCAGAGUGCUGCAGCUGACGAGAGAGUCUCGCGAUGCCAUAAUGCUGCAACAUCGCAGCGGAACCUCAUAUCGUGACUAUGGGGAUGUGGUUUAUGCCGUGCUUGUGUCCCGUUGCUUUAAUCCACCCAGCGAUCUGCGCCUCAAAAGCAUCCACGAAAUGCUCGAUAAAAUUGCCAAUGAGGAUACAACAGUUAAGGAGCAGGAGCUGAUACGUUUCACAGAACAAGCCUCGGCCAAGGAGCAGAAGUGGCUAAUCCGAAUACUCCUAAAGUCCCUGGGACUAGGCAUAGGGGAGCAGCGCAUAUUCGGAAUUCUGCAUCCGAAUGCUAAGGACAUUUACCAGCGCUGCUCCGACCUCAGUCACGUAUGCAAUUUAAUUGCCAAUAACUUGUCUGAUCUGGACGUGAGCGACACGCAGAACAAAGGCAAAACCAAGAGCCAACCAUCCACGAUUAACCUGAACGCAGUCAUUAGGCCCUUCCAUCAGAUCCGUCCCAUGCUCUGCGAGCGUUUUCCCGGCAACAUUCAGGAGCUAAUGCAGUCGGAUGUUCUGUAUCUGGAGACCAAAAUGGAUGGCGAACGUUUCCAGCUGCAUUAUGAUCGUGGUCGCUUCAUGUACCUUUCCCGCAACGGCGUGGACUAUACCAACAAAUUUGGCGAUGACUUUAGCCGGGGAACGUUGACGCCAGAAUUGCGUGGUCUGCUGCCGCACAGCCUGCAGUCGAUCAUCCUUGACGGCGAGAUGAUGGUGUGGGACACCAACCUAAACAAAUACCGCGAAAAGGGCGAGAACACGGAUGUAAAAAACCUCAAGCCCGAUCGCAGCUGGCGUCCCUGCUUUGUGGUUUACGAUCUGCUGUACCUAAAUGGCCAGAGUCUGCUCGAUUUGAGCUACAUUCAGCGCUCCUACAAGCUCCAAAAGCUGAUAGGCGAACAGCAGGGAGUGCUGCAGUUGAUGCGCAGCACCAAGAUUGGAUCAAUCGAUGAAUUCAAUGAGCUCUUCCAGAGAGCCCUCGACCUCAAUGCCGAAGGCAUUGUUCUCAAAAAGCAGAGCUCCAUCUAUCAGCCGGGAGUUCGAGUCGGCGGUGGAUGGUACAAGGAUAAGGCAGAUUACAUCAAGGGUCUGAUCACCGAGUUUGAUGUUCUCAUCAUGGGAGGCUUCUACAAUCGCAAGCGAACGUUUGUUGAUUCGUUUCUGUUGGGCGUACUCCAGCCAAUGGCCAACAGCGACAGCCGUCACGAGGUUUACAGCAUUGGCUGUGUUGCCAACAACACGCGACAGGCUGUGGUGCUGAACCAUACGCUGAAGCCACACUGGCACAAUGCCACCAAGGAGCCACCGCCACUGUGGUAUCAUUACAUGGCCGGCGAAAAGAUUGGCUGCCCGGAUCUGUGGAUCGAGCCACAAAAUUCGAUUAUAUUGCAGGUAAAGGCAGCGGACCUGGCACCCAAUAGUGCCUUCUACACGCGCAAAGCUUUGCACUUUCCACGCAUCGAACUUAAGCGGGAUGACAAGCCAUGGAAUGAGUGCAUGACACUGCAGGAGUUCAACCAGCUGUGUGAGGGCUCUGGUCCGAUCAAGAAGUUGAACAAGCGUCACCUGUGCCUGGAUGAUUUGACUACGAAACGCAAACGUUUACGCAUGACGCCCGCAGAGCGCAGUCGUCUUGGUCUGGCCAUAUAUGAGAAGCGCUACGAUGUGGCGACGACUUCCAGUUGCUCGAAACUUUUCGAAGGUCUCAGUUUCUGCAUUCUGAGUGGUGCGCCAGGCCAGAGCAAGCACAAACUGCAGGAAUUGGCAGCCAAGAACGGUGGCGCUAUUGUGGAGAAUCCGCUGCCCAACGAUCCCAAAUGCUUCUGCAUAGCGGGCGAUCAGACGUUCCUGGUAAAGCGAUUAAUACAGCUGCAGCCACGCACCAGCGAUAUUGUGCGCACGGAGUGGCUGGUGCGCGUCUGCCAGAAGCAAGAGCUCGAGCUACGUCCAAAGGAUGUGCUGUCGGCCACCGAGCCACUGCAGAAUGAUUUGGCUGAGUAUUAUGACAAGUUAGGGGACAGCUACACAAAGGACAUUGCCAGCGUUGACGAACUGCUCGAAUUGCUGCAGGACAUCGACACGGAGUUGCUUGCCGCCGAUCCUGUCUCACAGUCCGAAUUGAAUGCCUUCGAAGACGCGUUGCUCGGUCAGGUCUCACAGAACAUAUUCCGUGAUCUGCAUGCCUACUUCUACGAUGCCCAGGGCGACGAACUGGCCAAAGUUUUGUUCCUGCAGAAUGGCGGAACACUCGCAAGCGAAGCCGAUGCCCAAGUAAACCUUGUCUUCGUUUGCAUGUCCUCUAAUCCAGGCGAUAAACAAUGCGAAUCGUGGCUGCAGAAACACUUCAGCUCGCAUUCUGGCGAGGUUCUUAACUCAGCAUGGAUCCAUCAAUCGCAUCGUGAGCGUCGCCUUCUAAAAAUGAGUUGUUUUUCAGUUAAAUAGAAGUGGAUGUACCAGUAUUUCGUGCACAUUUAGCAUGUACUUUCUUUGCAAAACUCCCAGUUCUUGUUUGAAAAAGAU